AUGAUCUCCCUGGACUUUAAUUUUAACGUUUUGACAAGGGACCUGUCACUGUAUCUGGAAAAUCAAGUGAAAGUUGGUCUAUUUGGAUCUGGAGUAGGACUGUCUCUGGUGCUGGGCUUCAGCGCGGCAUACACCUGCUACUACUUGAUCUCCGUCGCCAAGAAACCUCAGCUCAUCUCCGGGGGUAAGAAAUUCUACCAGUUUCUGAGGGAACAAUGUCCGGUGGUAUCAGAGACUUACUACCCCACUUUUUGGUGCUGGGAGAGUCGCAUCCAGACGUUGCUGAGACCCUUUGUCACAGCCAAACCUGGGGUCAGCUACAGAAAUGAGCUCAUUAAGGCAGCAGAUGGAGGACAGAUCUCUUUGGAUUGGUUUGACAACGACGACAGCCGCUCUCACACUGACCCUGCCACCAGGCCCACGGUGCUCCUUCUCCCCGGUCUCACCGGCACCAGCCGAGAGUCCUACAUCCUACACAUGGUCCAGCAGAGCCGAGAUCUGGGUUAUAGAUGCGUGGUGUUCAACAAUAGAGGCGUCUCCGGGGAAACACUAUUGACUCCCAGAACCUACUGUGCCGCCAACACAGAGGACCUGGAGGCUGUCAUCGAUCACAUCCAGAGGACCCAUGAAGCUGCUCCUAUCAUGGCUGCCGGAGUCUCCAUGGGCGGGAUGAUGCUGGCCAACUACUUGGGGCGCAAGGGCCGGGCGACUUGUCUGAGGGGAGUGGUGGUUUUCUCAGCGGGCUGGGAUGUGUUUGAGUGCACCGCCUCACUGGAGAAACCCCUGGACCGCUUCCUCUUCAACUCCUACCUCACCAGCUGCCUGCAAGCCUCUGUGGACAGACACAGACCAGUGCUGGAAAAGAGCUAUGACAUCGAUCACGUCAUGAAGGCGAAGACGAUCCGGGAGUUUGAUGAGAGGUUCACCUCCAUAAUGUUUGGGUACCCCACCAACGAUGACUACUACCACGAUGCCAGCCCAAUCCACCGACUGAAAUCUGUGCAGGUGCCAAUGCUGUGUCUGAACGCUGCUGAUGAUGUCUUCUCACCCUCUCAUGCCAUUCCAGUGGAGGCUGUUAAGCAGAAUCCCAACCUGGCCCUUCUCAUCACUUGUCACGGCGGCCAUAUUGGCUUCCUGGAAGGCCUGUGGCCUCGACAGAGCACUUACAUGGACCGGGUCUUCAAACAGUUUGCCAAGGCCGUCAUAGAGGAAGGCAGUGGGCUGACAGACCUAUCCUGA